UUAUGCUUCGACUCAUAUGUCUACAAUUGAAAAGCGCUGCUCCGAAUAAUUUGUAUAAAAUCAAUAUAAAUCAGUCGUUGUGUCCCCCUUUAAGUGAUUUCUGUCUUCUUUUUGGCGUGGGACAACGAACUUGGCUAUGGAUCCAUACUGUCAAAUACUGUUUCUAGGUGUGGUAGAACUCAGUGGUUCAUUCCAUCUAUUGAACGGCAAAUAGCUCAACUCAACCACAACUUGCCGGACAUGGGCCUCAUCCGACGCUAGCUCUCACCAUUUUUGCCCAAGCACUUCUCGUUUGCUGGACGAAAAACUCUAACAUUUGUAAAUGCCAAAUAAGUUCAAGGAAGAGUGGGGUAGAACUACUUUAGCGGGUACCGUCAGUUCAAGGGUCUUGAAAGAGAAUGGACCUUUUUGUCAAAGCGCAAAUUCCGGGGUCAUGCCACGGAUAGUGCCUCAGGGAGUCCCUCAUGCCAGUGAUGCCGGUGACCGUGGCUCAAUCUCCGAGGGCCUCGCAAAGAACGGAGGUCCAACAACUGCGGACCCGGCCAUUUGGGUCUUUGGAUGCAGCAAUGCGACUGUGUCGAAGUGGAUUGAAGGCACAUACACAUCUCCGGACGAGAGUCCUCCAGGAAUAUACAGACUCAAGGAAUCCAACCAUGGGAAGCCUGUUUACAAAAAGCAGGGACCUCCAGACGGCAUGGAUGUGUUUAUCUACUAUUGGGACAGUCGAGAUGGAUCAUCCUUCAGGGGGUGGUGGUUUGGGCCUGAAGUGGGCGGCGAAGAAGUGUGGGCCUACAAUGCGGGACAUCCAAGAGACAACCCUGAACUACCGCCCACGUCCAAUUGGAAGGUGCAUGGGGAGGUGGAUGAAAGCUUGAGGAUCACAAUCACUCUGGGAGUUGGUUCAGAUAUCUCCCGUGUGCCGGAGGGGUCUGAUGAGAAGGCAGCAGAGCUGCAAGAGAAGGUCAGACAUAUCAGCCAAGCCCUCUCAGCAGAACAAGCAAAGCGAGAACUUGCAGAGGGGAAACUGAAGUCUUUGGAGGGCAAAGUUAGAGACUAUGAGGCUGCCCUGGCACAUGAGCGAGAGAAGUGGCAGACGGCCGAGAAGCAGGUCAAUGACAUGCAGCACAAAUUGAAAGAAAGCUCUGAGGAGAAUCUCCGGUUGCAGACAGCUUUGCAAGAGCACACCUCGAACAAGGCAGUCAGUCAGGGUGUAAAUUGGCAAUAUCAGGACUAUAAGGUCGAAGGAAGCUGGUAUGCUUUUCCCCCAGAUGCAAACGAUCAGCUGCAUCAUGCUUAUCUGGCUUUUCGGCGAGAGCCGACCAAACAUCGAUUUGCAGCCAUCAAUUCGGGUGGCGUAGCUCUCAAAGUUGAUUUUCAUUCGAUGUUGUUUGGGCGUAGCGACGUGCCCAACAGGAAGAUGCGGAUUCUAACAGGGAUGCCCAAGGAGUGGGUCUUAACACCUGCUUCCUUUCUAGAGCAAUUUAAUAACCUUCACUCUGAAAGCUGGUACUCGUACUAUGUGAAGGUGGACAAUCAGUCGAUUCAUGGCAAGGUGGAGGAAAUCCUAAGGUGCACUGGGCAUGCAGGAGAUGACUUCACAGAGUGCUCUUGCAUGAGGCAAGCUACCAUCAAAUCGGUGCACCGCAUCGAAAAUGUGAAACUCUGGCAAAGAUACAGAGCGAGGCGAGACGCUUUGCGGCAGGAUAGUGCUACUGCUUCUGUCACACCAGCAAGUCUUGACCAGGAUGCUUUUGAUACUCGUAAAGUCAUGACUUGCAAUCAAUCUUUCUUUGACUGCGGUGAGGAACUGGCAAAAGAUGUUGACGAGAAGAUUCUAUUGCACGGCAGCUGCUGAGAGAAUGCUGGAUCUAUCGUGUGCAACGGCUUCGACCCUCGUCUUUGCCACCGUGGAAUGUAUGGAAAGGGUGUUUACUUUGCAUCAGCUGCUUGCAAGAGCCAUCAGUACACCUGCUUGAACCCAGAACAUACCUGGGCCUGCACCUGCAAGGUAGAAAGGACUUUGAUCAUUGCAAGGGUCGCACUUGGCGAUGCCUACCACACCACGAAGACCAUGUGGAAAGAGCAGCGGCCACCACAGAAAGAUAAAUUCGGGGCUGUUUACGACUCUGUCGUUGUGAAUCCUGGCUACAUCAAAGGGCAUGGCAAAGAACGACAAAUCCAUCAAGAGUUUGUGAUUUUCGACAAGGAACAGGCAUAUCCAGCCUAUGUGGUCCAAUACGAAGUAUGACGGGGGGCAGAUGCCUGCCAUCUUCACGGCCGCAAAAACCAGCGCUGUGCGAGAUCCUGACCUGGUGAACAAGACUGAGUGUGUUGGGGACUUCCAAGAUCUUCCAAGAACAUACAUUG